AUGGAAUACACACCAUAUGUGGGCAAUGGCCCGUAUUGCUUUACAAAUUCCUUCGCCAUGGUGCUGGGUGAUAGAGCACCUUCUACCGCAACCAUCGAGUUUGCAACCUCCUCUGCAUUUGGUAUGCAAGUCAUCAACCUGCCAAAAGAUCCUCUUGUUUUUUUCGAUCCCUACGGCUGGGAUCCUCUCCAAUCCUUCAAUGCGGCAGUGGACGCGAUGGGGUGGCGCUGCACUGAAAUUAUUGGCAAAGAUGAACAAGAUGCUCUCCGUUCUCUCAAGGCUGGGCUUCAGAAUGGCCCUGUUUUUGUCGGUCCAAUGGAAAUGGGCCUUCUCAGACAUCAGCCCAACGCCCGGGGCGCCAUUGGGGCGGAUCAUUAUGUUGUGGUGCUCAGUGUCGCCAAUGACAUGGUCGAGAUGCACGACCCUCACGGACAUCCAUUCGCAACGCUGCCAGUGAAGGAGUUCUUGGCAGCGUGGAAGACUGACUCACUUGGCUACGGCAAAUCAUACACCAUGAGAACUGAUUUCAGACAAGUAAAGGAACUGAGUGAAGAGGAGAUGAUUCGACGGUCUAUCCCUAGUGCGCUCAAACACAUUAGCACUACCAAUGGUGGCUAUAUGCCGCCUGGUUCAACUGCCAACGAAGCUGCGACCAAGUGGCUCAUUAACAAAAUUGAAGUUGGACUGCCACCUGGAAUGCGUUCUUCUUUGGCAUACUUCGCUGUUCAAGUUGGGGCUCGACGAUCUAUCGAUGCUGCGACUUGUCUUAGGCGCGUUGGGUACACCGACGCCGCCGCAGUUAUGGGAGAGAUUGCGCGCACCAUUGGCUCUCUACAGUAUCCCUUGACCCACAAACAUGACGAAGCCGCAGUAUUGAUCUUGCACAAACUUGGUCCUUUGUACGAGAAAUUGAAGAUUGUAUUGGAGGAAGAGGUUCGCAAGAACGAAGCCUGA